ACACCGGUAGUUGUCAUGGCGAUGGAGUCAGUCCCGGCGUCUGCUCCGGGGGCUGUUGCUAUGGAGAUGGCCGUGCGAGGUGCGCUCCCGGUGGUGGAGGAGGAUGAAGACUUCGGCACUCCUGGGUCCGAGGAGAGACUACAGCACCGCCGGAGAGGAGAAAGACAGCGAAGCGGGCUGCCGUUCAACCGGAGCGGCUACUACAUGCUGAUAGUGAUCGGGCAGAUCGGCACGGAUCAGCAGCUGGACGCCGCCAGAGCGCAGAUAGAGCGGGGAAUCCGAUCCUGGGACGUCAAUUUGAAGUGCUGUGACCUUGAUCAGCAGCUGCAGCUGUUUAUAGCUCGCCACUCGGCCCAUUUCUCCUCCAAGGUCAGAGGAGAAAGGACUCUGCAUCAUAAAAGUGAUGUCCUAGAGACUGUGGUGCUUGUGAACCCGUCAGAAGAUACUGUCAUAUCAGAGAUCCAGUCUCUCGUGACAGAUUCUGCAGGACACAAGCUUUUGGUGUUGAGCGGCCAGAGCUUGGAACACAGUGGCCUUCUUCUUCAGACCGGAGUUUUCACCUAUCAGACCUUUUCACAGAUCUUUGCUGAUCCUGCAGUCAGUGAAUUGCUGGGAACAGCAGCCCGCAAGCAGCAGGCAACACUCACUGUGUCCUGCCGCGGGGAGGUGGGCUCCGUGGGACAGCAGCAGACCCUGCAGGAGUUCCUGGAAUACAAACUUAACCCAGAGCCCGUUCUCCCCAAGAUGGAGGGUGUCACGGAGUUCACAGAGUACGUCUCUGAAACCGUAGAUGUUCCCUCGCCUUUUGACCUCCUGGAGCCCCCCACCUCCGGAGGCUUUCUGAAGCUGUCAAAACCAUGUUGCUACAUCUUUCCUGGAGGACGGGGAGACUCUGCACUCUUUGCUGUGAACGGCUUCAACAUCUUAGUGGACGGAGGCUCUGAGAGAAAAUCCUGCUUCUGGAAACUAGUCCGUCACCUGGACCGCAUUGAUUCGAUUCUGCUCACUCACAUUGGAGCCGACAACCUCCCAGGUAUCAAUGGGCUCCUUCAGAGGAAGAUUGCAGAACAGGAUGAGGAGCAGUCACAAGGCUCCACCAACUACAACGACUGGAUGAAGAACCUGAUUUCUCCCGAGCUUGGUGUCGUCUUCUUUAAUGUGCCAGAGAAGCUCCGUUUGCCAGAAUCUAAUCUCAAAGUGAAACGCAGCAUUGAAGAGGCCUCGCUUACUCUGCAGUACCUUAGUAAACUAGGAAUCAAGUCGGAACCACUGUAUCGAGUGGUCAGCAACACCAUUGAGCCCAUUACACUUUUUCAUAAGAUGGGAGUUGGAAGGUUAGAUAUGUAUAUUCUCAACCCUGUCAAAGAUAGCAAAGAGAUGCAGUUUUUAAUGCAGAAGUGGGCCGGCAAUAGCAAAGCUAAAACUGGCAUUGUGCUGCCCAACGGGAAGGAAGGAGAAAUAUCUGUGCCCUACCUGACAUCAGUUACAGCCUUAGUCGUGUGGCUACCUGCCAAUCCUGCAGAAAAGAUCAUCAGGGUGCUGUUCCCUGGGAAUGCACCGCAAAACAAGAUCUUAGAGGGCCUGGAAAAACUAAAGCACCUUGACUACUUAAGGUAUCCUGUAGCCACACAAAAGGACAUUGCCUCAGGAGCUCCUCCAUCUGUUAUUAAGCAAACCAAGUUAAAACAAAGAACAGAUAGCAAAGAAAGUCUCAAAUCCUCCCCGAAGACCACUGCAAAGACCUCGAAGAAAGAAACUGAUGGACAGGAUGAUGUGUCAAACGCCACAGAGGCAAAGAGUGACUCUGUGAAAGAAAAUAUUGUAGAGAAGAAAGAGGAAAAGAAGCCAGCCAAGAUGCUAAAAUCUAAAACUGAAGUGCCAGAAAAGAAAAAACUGAAAGAGAAAACUGUGAAAAAGCAUUCCAAGGAAAGGGCAUCAAAAAUGGAUGAGAAGAAAGACAAGGAGAAGAAAGAGAUAAAAAAAGUGAAGAAAGAUGAUUCUACCAAAAAAGAUGAAAAGAAGGAGGCCAAGUCCAAAGAGGACAAGAAAAAGGAUACUUCCAAACCUGAGCUGAGAAAAAUCACCAAACCUGACCUGAAACCACUCACACCUGAAGUCAGGAAGACCUUGCAUAAAGCAAAAGCGUCAAGUAAAACUAAAACUUUAAAAAGCAAAGUCACAAAGACUGUACCUGCUGAAGCCAAAGCAGAUGAAGCAAAGCCUGAAGUUAUGAAGCCCGAGCUCACUGAGGGGGUACUGCGUGGGGGUACAACAGCUGUCUCCACACCUGAAGACCUCUCCAAGGAUUUUGAAGCACUGAAAAAAGAUGAAGGUAAAGCAGUAUCAGCAGAGCAACCUGCGAGGGAUAAGGUUUCCCCUGAGCCGACAGUAGAAACCCCAAUCCAAGAGAAGACUGGAGCACCAGAUGCAGUUUCAGAAAUCCCACAGAAACCAAAGUCGGUUGAAAUGGAGGCAUCAGCCCCAGAUGCAGAGUCAAAAACUGAAGUGAGAGACGAGCGGUCAACUCAAGAGACAAAAUUGGAAGAAACUCAGCCAUUUGAGGAUGAGGGAGCUGCAUCUCAGGAUGAGGAAGAGGUGGAGGAAGAGCCCCCCGCUGAGGAAAGUAGAGCACUAGAGAAAGAGGAAGAUGAAGAGGAGGAAGACAUGGGAAUAGGUGUGGAUGAAGAUGAAUCAAAAUGGACGGAGGCAAAGGAUGAUGGACUUGACAGGAAACACGAGACUGAAGAAAUGGAGAAAUCCGAAUAUCUGUCAACUAAAGCUUUGACAACACUGGAGUUCCAAACGGCUCUGUCCAAGGAGGUGAAAGAAAAAGAAGCUGAGGAGGAGGAGGAGGGGCUGCAGAAACCUGAACUGGAAGAGGUAGAGGACUUAGACGUGAUAGCAGAUGAAGAGAUCAAAGUCAAGCCUGAAGAUAUUGCUGAAACCCAAACAAGUGGAAUGCUGACAACAGCAGCCACAGAAGGAGCUGCUGCUGCUGAACAUGUCUUCUGCAUCCAGGAUGAGAUGAUUCCUGCCUACUCUGAGACAGAGCAGACCAUCUCUGACGAGGAGAUUCACGAGGAGGCUGAAGAGAGAAUCCCUCAUCUCCAGUAUGAUGUUGGUAUCUAUGACAUCUCUGUUCCAGAUCAGACUGGUUCCUUUGUGGACAUUCAUGGCAUGAGAGAGAUGCAGGCAGCUGCCAUAACCGAGAAAGCUUUCAUUCCAGGAGUCCAGGAACAAGUAUCUGUUUUUACCAACAUCAUCACUGCUCCUCUGGCAGAAGAAGAGCAUGUAUCCUCUGCAACGUCCAUCACAGAGUAUGACAAAAUGUCCUCCUUCCCAACGUCUAUUGCGGAUGAUCAAUCGGCGGCAUCUGUUGCCGCACCACCUGCUGAGGAACCACUUAAAACUGCAGCUUCUUCAGCUGUAGCGAGCGCUGGCCAAAGCAAAGAACAGCCACGCUCGGCAGGAAGUCUAUCACCACCUUCCUUAGAAGAGGACAAACUAUCCAAGUCUCCGUCUAAUGAUUUACAGCUCCCUGUUGCAGAGGAGAAGAUGGUAGCUGAAGUUCCUGACAGGACAGAAGUGGAAGAAGAAGAAGAGGAAGAAGAGGAAGAAGACCAAACCCCCAAUGUUGACAUUUAUCUUGAAAAACUUCAAGAGGGUUAUGCUGCAUCCCAAAUGAUGCAGAGCAAAGAAGCAGACAUUGAAGAUCUUUCUGGCUGUAGAUCUCCUGAAAAGACUUACCAUGACAUCAAACCAGUCCAUCUACCGGUGGAGGAGGAAAACAUAGAUGCAGUAGCUCCUAAAGACAUUUCAUCUGUCGUGCCUACGAGACCCUUCGGGUCUGAUUCUGUAACUUCAGAGAGCGAGGAGCGUUGCUACAGUCCAGAUGACAUCACUGUGAAAAUGGCUUCUCCGCCACAGUCCGGACCCUCGAGUGCAGCUCAUUCUCCAAUUCAUCAGUCUCCAGUGGAACCCAAGACAAAGAUUUUCCUGGACUCUGAGUUGCUAAAGGAGGGACUACUUCCUGACGAAGUUGCCACAAAGAACACCCAAACCAAAAUGAAGGAUGACCAGGAAAAUGAGAAACAGAAGGAAGCUGACAGACAGAAAGUAGACCAGUUCGAGGACGUGUCUGGAAGAUCUAACGACGAAUCAUUUGAAAGGGACAUUAAAGAGGUUCUGGUGAUGAAAGAGAAAGUAAAAGAUAUCAUAUCAGUGCCAAAAGAUGAAGGAAAACAGGCAGAAAUAAUGCCUGCUGUAGCAUUAUCUUUAACAGAAAUUAAACCACCUGUUGGGGCCGGAGAGGAUUCCCUCCCAUCAUCCGAUAAAGAAGAUUCUCACAGUGGUAUCAGAGAGAAGCAACCUAAAGUGCCUGGAUCGAGUCAAUUCCCAGAGAAGAGCAGUUUCUUGGGUCACGAUAAAAAAGAUAACAACGAUGAUGAUAAUGAUGACAAAUCUGCUAUUAAAGAAACCAUUGUAGAGUAUGAAAAAGAUAAAAACGAGGUCUUUGUUCUCAAAGAACUCAAGGAGGAAGUAAAACAGAAAUCUAUCAUUCAGGAAGCUGUUUCAGCCGUGCCGUUCGUCGUCGACGAGAAGGCAGAGAAAAUGCCCAUAAAAGAGGAUAUUUGUGACACUACACCUAGUAAAGAAGAAGGAACAAAGGACACUGUAGCUGUUGAUGAAGAUACAGAAAAAGAUGAUAAGACCAAAACCAAAAAACAAGUACAGAAAGAAAUUGUGCUUUCUGAGGUCAAACAAAUCAAAGAUGAACAGACAGAGAAAGAGGGAUUACAAGAGCAUACAUUUGACCUCAAAACUGGUGGUGACUCAAUGGAAGAAGAGGUGGAAAAAGAUAUUUCUGGUAUGAAGAUUUUAAAAGAUAAUGAGAAGAAAGAGAUGGAAAAGCCAGAUACUUUUGAUAUUAAGACCCAUGAAAAAGUUGCUGAAAAGGUCCAAACAUCAGAUAUCAAGGAUGUCAAAGAAGAUGGACAAAGUGAGGAAAAGACAGAUGGAAUGCCCAUUUCCGAGUCUUCCAAAGACGAGAAGAAAAAGGAGGAAGAGUCGUCGGAUAUCAAACUGCAAGAAGAGUGGAAAGAGAAAAAAGAAGUGGAAAAAAGAGAUGUGUCGGCCCCUAAGCCCUUUAUAGAUCAUGGAGAGGAAGAGAUAAAAAAAGAAAUGAGUGAUACACUCAAACCUCCUUUUACCAAGAAAGAAGAUGAUGAGCAAGAAAUUAGUACAGAUGCAAUCUGGACACUCAGCCACACCAAAUUAGAGGAGAAGGAUGUAACAGUGAGCAAAGAGGAGAUCACUGCAGACAUGACAGUAACUGAACAAGAAAAGAGAGUCGCAAAGAUAAAAGAAAUUCCAUAUCAGGAAGAAAAAGAAGACGUAACAACAAGCAAGGAUGAUGCAUCCCUAUUUAAACCUGAUGUGGAAUACGGCAAUAAGCAGGAUAUGCAAAAAGAAGAUGCUUCGGCUAUUCAGUUUGGUAUAUCUGAGGAAAAGGAAAAGCUGCUAAGUAAGGAGGAAACUACUGGUGGUGAACCAACAACUGAAGUAAAAAGAGAACACGAAAAAAGUAAAGACACUGAAGGUGCAGUUAAAGUUACCAACAUAGACGAAGAGGCUGAAAUCAUAGGUAAAGAUACUGAACUGUCUACUACAACAACUAGCAAAGAGGCAGAAGAAACACUUCAAACUGAAAUAUCAAGUGCAGGAGGAAAAGAGGAGCAGCAGACAGCAAAGGAAGAUGUUACAUCUGCUGUUAAAUCAGAUCCUGUAGUGGAAGGAGAUGCAACAAUACGUGAGCAUGUACCAGCUGUCAAAACAAUCAAAGAUGAAGCAACACCGAAGGGUGUCAUUAGUGAGCCUACUCCCACAAUAAGAGCUGAACAAGACACAGAAAUCAGGAAAGAUCUCCAUACUGUUGAAACCCCAGCAGAUGGAGCGAAAAAAAAAACACCAGAAAAGGAGGAAACAAUAACUUUCAAACUGUCCGAGGAAGAACAAGCAACAGCUCAGGAACACAGUGUAGAUGUUCCACACUUCAAGGAAGAGAAAAAUACAUCUAAGGACCCAAUUUCUGACAUAAAACCCCACAAAGAGCAGGAAACAAAAGAAACAACUGGUGUUUAUUCUCUUACAGAGGAGCAGAAGAAAGUUGAAACCAAGGAUGAUACAUCAGAUUUAAAACUUGACAAAGAGGAGACGAAGAAAACAGUGAAAGGAGAAACUGAUGUCAAGAAAGAUGAAAAGAUUGAUGUUACUGAAUGUGUAUCUGUUAAAGCAGAGAAGAAAGCAGAUAAUGAUACUUCUGAUAAAACCUCUAAGGAUGGAACGGUGCAGGCAAAAAGAGACAUUUCUAUGAAACAACCCCAGGAAGACAGCCGUAUUGACCAAAAACCCAUGACGGAGCAAAUGAAGAACAUUGACUGGACCGAUACAACAGAAAACAAAGAAGGAGAGACCACUGAACCACCCUCUGCCACAAAAGACAAGGAGUCUUCUAAGGUUGAAACACUUAAAGAGGAAAAAGUUGGAGAAAAGCAGGACAGUCAGGUUGUAAAAGAGACACACAUUCCAACAACCAGCACCGCCAUGGAGAAAGCUGGUAAAGAUAAUUAUCCUAUAGAGUCUGAAUUUAAUAUAGACAAUAAAAAAGAAACAACUGUUAGUGAUAAAGGUACACAUAAGGAAGGUUAUGAUAAACUGCCUGAAGUCCAACCAGGGAAGGAAAUUUUCUCAGAAGGAAUACACCAGGGAUUUGUGGUGAAAGAUGACAUUGGAAUGUCUUUCCGAGACAUUCGUGGGGGGCCACAAGAAGAUAAAGAAUCUAUGGUUAUUAGUCAGGAAGAGAGGAUAGAAAGAGAAAAGGAUGAUGCACAUGUUGCCGAACUGAGCAAAGAACAGAAAAUGGAGAAAGAACAGGAAAAGGACUACACCUAUGAGACUGAGGACAUCAAGGAGGAAAAGACAAAACCAGUUCAGGAUGUAAAGAUUAUUUCAGAAAAGGAUGCUGCAGGCAAAAAGGUAGAUGAUUACACAGAGAAAGCAAAGACUGACAGCACUGAAGCAGAUCAAACUAAAGAGGAAAAAUGGGAGAAAGAGGAAUUACAGGAGAAAGACCUGGAAAAAGGCACCAAACAACCUACACAGGAAAUAUCAGGAGAAGCAAUAUUAGCCCCUAAGUCAGAUUACAAACCUGCAUUUGUGGUCCAGUCAUCAGAUGAAGACAGAGAAGAUGAAGAAGAGGAGGAUAUCUGUAUGGGAGGAGCAGGUUCCCGGCCUUUGUCGGUGGAGUCAAGAAAAUCUGACCAUAAUAUUUCCUCUGUGUGCGUGACUUUAACUCAGACUACUCAGAAAAGUGACCAAACUAAACCCUCUAUAUCUCAACUUCCCACGGUGAUCAUACCCACACUGACAAUGCAGGAACCAUCGCUGGAUGAGGAAAUUAAGGACUCUGGAAAAGAAGAAACCAGACUUUCACCUGAGGCUGACAAAGAUGUUUUGAAACCAGAAACCAUAGCUGCACCACUUUCCAAGCCAGAGUUGACUUUUGAUAGUAUGACAUCAAAGGAGGAGGAAACAUUUUAUAGUACUGCAGCUGCCAAAGAAGAACCGGUGUCAGAAACUGCUGAACCAAGGCCCAUGUUGUCUGCAAUAUCUAGCAUUGACUGCCGACCAAGGUGGGCCACACUUUCGAGCACAGAAAGCCAAUCCAGUGUAGAGGAAACACUUCAACAAGAGAAACAUGUACUGUUUGAGGUCAGCUCAGGUGGAGGUGGUACAGAAAAGAGAGAGCCAGAUGAAAAACAAGCAAAAGAAGCAGAAAGGGAAAUGGAAGGAGAAAGGGAGGUGGCAUCUCCAGGACUAUCACAACCUUGUUCAUAUUUUAUGAUUGAUAAAGAAUCAGAAGAUGCUAGAGACACCACUGGCACUGGAAAAACAGAUUCAUGCGACAACAUUAGCUUAAAGACAGAGGUCAUAAGUGGAAGCCUCAAACAUGAGAUGGAAACCUUUGGUGCAUCUAAGUAUGAUCCAGAUGAAAAGCCCAUCCCGAAGGGCCAAGAUCUCGAGAGAAGAGAAGAUUCUGAGGUUUCUCUAGGCUUCAAUACUGCUUCCGAUAUUUGCAUUGAUGAUAACCGAAGAGCAAGCCAGACAGAGGCUGGAGGAGCCAUGUUCCUCUUAGACGAUCAACUCAAAGAGGAACCUCUGUCCUUCAGCAGAGUCGACUAUAGCCCAGUGUCCCUCACAGAGAGUGAAAAGAGCAGUCAUCACAGCCAAAGUGCCUCCCCUAAAGAUGAAGACAGAGAGAAAGGCCAAGAGGAAGAGAAUCAGAGAGAAGAAAGAGCAGAUUCACCAUCUUUUGACAAGAACUAUUUCUCUACAAACAUGCAAGACAACAAAACAUCCCAAGCUGCUGAGUCAUAUUCACUUAGUCCCAAAGAGGACAAACCUGAAAAAUCUGAGAAAGAGAAGGAAGGAGAUGCUUCAACUUCUCAAACACAACAAACAGAAGAGGGUGAGAGCAUUUCAUCAAGUGCUGUCAUUCAGCCUGCAGCCACCUCAUUAGGACAAGAAAGUAUUCUUGCAUCAAGGGGUCACUCAGACCUAGGGGCGACUAGUGGAACUUUUGAAGAAGUCACAGAGAGAGAGAAGAGCGAAGAACAGAAUGAAAAGUCUGCCGAGUCAUUCAAGAACAAAGAGGAAAGUUCUGAUCAUCCAAAGGAAAAGGACGGUUCUCCAUCUGGUCGGCAUUCACCCGCAGAAAAAGAUAUCUUACCUCAGCGUCCAUCAUCUUCAGUGAACCAAGAUACACCUACGAACUCAAGCAGUAGUACCACAGCAAUGUGUGUAGGACUUGAUAUUGAUGAUAAUGUUCUAGCAUCUGAUUACAGCAAAAUUAGCAGCUCUGUUCCUUGUAAAUCCUUAAAUUUUCCAGAGGGAAAAGAGAUCCUAAUGGACAAAAGGCUGCUGGUAGAGGGAGAAGAUUUUAAUGUUGACGAUAAUGACGAGGAAGACGAAGAGGAAGAAGAAGAGGAAGUGUCGAGUGAUGUAGAUAUCGAAAAGGGAGCGAGGGAGCAGUCUGAAAAAGAGAUGUGCCGGCGUAGUUCUGCUGACAGCAUCAAGUUGGAGGAGACAGAGGACUUGAAUAAAAUAUCUCAGUUGUCUGAAUCAAGUUUGCUCAAAGAGCAGUCAGCCUGUAAAACAACUCCUGAUGAUGACUCAGCUUUACAAGUUGAAGAUACAGGUAAAACAGAUGGCGGUGGCAAAGUGGCAUUAAAACCUCCUGAGCCAAAGAGUGAAGAUGAAGUCAGAGCAACUAAAAUGGGUGAAAGUGGUUCUACAGCACUAGAUGCUCAAAAACAUUCUGUUGCAACAAAAGUAGAACACAAAGACAAAGCUGAUUAUUUACCUGAACCUACAACAAUAACGACAAGGUCGCCACCAAUGGAUCACUUUUCUUCAUCUGCAGUACUAAAGGAAGAUGAUACCAACAUUUUACAUUCACCAGAGUGUCCGUUUGCGACAAAGGAAGCAACAUCUGAUCAUUCUGAGGUAAUGUCCAAGCCAGCAUCUAGUCCUCUGUUUUCUGAGAGAGGGGAUGAUAUUGGGCUGAGCAGAUCUGGAGGUUUUUCUGAGCAUUUUCAUGGCGAGGACAGUCAGGUUGGGCUAAAUGUGGAAAAGCAAGAACUCUCUGGGCUCUCAGAUGCCUCCAGGCAGUCCAUGCCAAGUGACAUUAAAUAUUUUGGCCAAGGUCUAAAUGUUGGCCAGACCACAGACAUCAUGGCAGAACAUAUAACUACCUCAUCGGGUUGCUCCUACACCACCCUAACGUACUCUUCUUCAGGAUACUCCUCUACAUCGUACAAUGGUUCAUCUUCUGCCUCAACGUCUGCUCUUUUGAGCCGGGACAUGGGAGAGAAAGUUGCAGGUUUCACAGCACCAACUUCUGAGGUACCUUUGGCCAAAGAGGAACUUCCAUUCAAAGCAACAUCUACAAGCUCAUGCUUUGGAGGUUUUCAGAGAGACGAGUACCUGGAGGUGAUGACAAAGCCUGCAGAAGUGUCAAAACCAUCAUCUCUAAGCUCAUCCACAACUCUUAAGCAGUCUGAGGCACAAGAACAAAAGCUGAGCACUGAGAUACCAACCUCCAUCCCAUCAAGUUCUCUACAAAGUGUAAUACCAGUAGAUGUGCCAGACAGUCCUUCUACAUCAGAGGCUCACUUUGAUGUCUCUCCUCUCCAAAGGGCUGCUUCCUCUGACCAGGGGUCUAAGGACCGGGAGCCUGAAACACUUGAACUGGAGGACUGCACCCUGCCAUGUCGCAUUGAAUGUCAAAAAAUCCAAGUGUCUGACCCAAAAGAGGCUUUCUCCCAAGUUACUAAGUUGUAUUCAGCUGGAAGUACAGUUUGGUUCACAGAGAAAAAUACAGUCACCAUCACCUCUACCAGUACUGAGUCUAAACCCGGCGUGACGACAGAAACAACUCAACAUGGAGCCCCGAUAACUCCACCCAGUGACAGUAGAGCCACUCAAACCUCAUGUGCCACAACAGACUUAAAGGAUAUGAAAACAAAGGAAGCUAUUGCACUUAUGAAGGAAGAUGUCCAUGUGGAGGAAAAAGAAAAAAGUGGAAAAGAUGAGAAGACAGAGACAUUUAGAGACAUGGGUACCAAACAAAAAAUACAAGAGAAGAAACUGGAUGAAAAGUCUUGUGAAGACAAAAGUACAGAAGAUAAAAAAGAAACAGCUGACCCCAAGGUGAGAGAAAAGGUAGAGACUGGGAAACAAGAGGAGACAGAAAGAGUGGAGGACAAAGGUUUAUUGGAGAAGCCAUCAGAGAGGUUAGAGUUAAGGAGAAAGAGCAGUUUAUCUGACUGGGAGCUUCUGCAGAGGCCUGAGGACUAUCCGGGUACGCCUCCACCACACUGCGAUGAUGAAGAGGAGGAAGAAGAUGAGGAAACUAGGGAAUGGAGGGCCACUUCUCACGUUAUGUCCAUGUCCACCUCAGCAGACCCUUACCACACAGAAGCACCUAGCAAAGGAGACAUAAAGACUGCUCGUCCCUCUGACCUGAACACUGGAGCAACUUCUUCUGCCUGCUCUGAAGCCUACUCAUCCUGUGAAUAUAAACACCGCAAGGGCGAACUUUCUCCAUCCUUCAUCAACCCCAGUCCUCACCAACUCUCUAGUGAUGAGGGUGAAGAAGAUGGACACAGUGACCGUUCCCAGGAAGGAGAGGAGGAUGAUAAUGACCAACACUCAGUGAAAAGGAGGUCGCACAAGCACCACCAGAGUCACCAUGUUGAAGCUGGACAGGGGACUCACCAGCUGUCUGGGGCAAUGUCCUCUGGUUUGGCUGUCACAUUAGCUGGGGAAGAAACACCUCCAACAUCAGUCAGCGAGUCUUUACCUUCACAGUCAGACUCUGAUGUCCCUCCAGAAACCGAAGAGUGUCCAUCCAUAACUGCAGAGGGAAACCUGGACUCUGACGAAGACGCAGAGCAUCUGCCAGUAGACAGAUCGGCCUCUGGAGUUGGGAGCAGCCACCAUGGAUCUUCACCACGUUCUCAGAAACCAAAUGAUCCCCUCCCAACCCCAAUGAAGGACCCCCUGCCCCACCCUCCCCAUCCAGAUGUCUGCAUGGUCGACCCAGAUGCUCUUCUCAAUGACCACAGCAGCACAGAGAAACUUCUAAAGAAAAAAGGUCUCAGAAAGGGCAAACCAAAGUCAGCCUCUCCUGCUCGUAAGGGUGAUGCCAGGAAGAGGUCUUCUACGCCAGUGAAGUCCAAGGACUCCGCCUCACCUCGAUCCGCCUCGCUCAGGAGAAAGGACACAGACAAAAGCUCUAGACUGAUCAAAAUGUCUGAGAUGCAAGGCUCGAGGAGUGAGCUCCUCAACUCUGGGAAAGGGUUGGUCAACGGCAUGAAGAGCUGUUCAGGAAACAGCUCUCAAAAAACUGGUACAGCUGUUCCCCCAGGACCACCUAUAUAUGUAGACCUGGCCUAUGUGCCCAACCACUGCAGUGCCAAGAAUGUGGACCAGGAGUUCUUCAAGAGAGUGCGGGCUGCAUACUACGUGGUGAGCGGGAAUGACCCGGGAAGUGGAGAGCCUAGCCGUGGAGUUCUGGAUGCUCUGCUGGAGGGUAAAGCUCAGUGGGGCUCCAAUUUACAGGUGACAGUGAUACCGACUCAUGACACAGAGGUGACCCGGGACUGGUACCAGCAGACCCACGAGAGACAGCAGGACUUGAACAUCAUGGUUCUCGCCUCCAGCAGUACAGUCGUCAUGCAGGACGAGUCGUUCCCCGCCUGCAAGAUCGAGUUCUGAGCUUCAUGAGUGCUACUCCACCUUCGUCCCCCGUCACCACCGCCCUUUCACCCUGCCUUUCCUGUCAUCAUCUGGAAAUAGAGCGAGAGCGAUUAGCGCUCGAUGCUCCUUCAAAGCUUCUAACUGUAAAAAGCAGUCGUUGCAGCUGUUGAUAGGUGAAAACUCUAGGUCUGUGAUUUGUAAUUGUGGGGUUCGCACGCAAAUAAAGCUGUACUUAUUGGUUUCUUAUGGACCCGAACACAGUUCUUCAGCUUGCUGGAAACUCAGUCCCAAUCAAAAGCAUUCAAAGACUCAAGCACUGACUAGCACUGAUUGGAAACCCGCUCCCAAUGAAAACACAAUUCAAAUGAAAUCAGAAUUGUCCAACAUGACUUCCUUAAACAGGGAUCUGCUAUCAGAUUGGAUUGCACAGCCGCUGUUCAUAGGAACACAUUUCUUUAUUAAAACCUCUCUCGUCCAGUACUACACAACAAAACACAUCCUUUUCCAAUCCAGCUCUCACCUCAGUAUCAUUUGUAUGAUCUUAAUGAUUACAGAAAUAGAUGUUUUGUGGCUAAAACUGCUGAUACCUGUCCUUUGUGGUGAAGUUCUAGGAGGUGCUCCCUCUGUCAGUCCUUUUUUCUUGGCUUUUACAGCCUAGUCCCUGCACGAUGCUUACGUUUGUAGCUCAGACGGUUUCAGCGAACUGCGUAGAGUUCAUUCUCUCUAGUCAGCCCUCAGCUGUGGAACGCAGUAUAGUGUCGAUAAUUACAGCAAUCUUUGUCUAUUUAUCCUCAAGUGAAAUCCGUAUGCGCCGGUCCAAGGAAUGCUUCGACAUGAUUCUCGUCCUUGCUCAGUGUGAUGGCGCUUCUUUAAACCCUCAUGGAGGUCUUUGUUGGUGUUAUUUCACCAAUAUAUGUUUAGAAUUAUUGUUUAUCAGGACAGACAGUUGUUUGGAUGAAUUCUUGGGGUAAUGAUGCAAAUAGCAACCAAAAUGGUCUUUUUCAUGCUUUGAGAAGAAGGUAAAAUGUUAUCGUCCUUAUGUGUUUAGCCACAUUAAGCCAUCUCUGUCAAUACAUCAACGAAGUAAUUGAAAAAAUGAGCAGCGACCUGUGACAAAUGUAGCAAAGUUUUCUGUAUUACCCGCACAGGCAACAAUACUGCGCUGGAAACUGCAAUAUUUGUAUAAUUGGGCUUAUUUUGCAGGAAAACAUUGUGUGAAGCGUGCUGCAGGAGGCUGCUCUUACUCUAUGUGCCUUUAGGUGGUGAUUUUGGAGAGCAGGGGAUAUUUUGGGGACAGCCAUUUUGAAGCAUAACCACAGACAAGGGUGAGUCAAACAGACAACUGUCAAAUAAAGGACUAAUCAAAUCACAUACAAGCUGCAGUUGGAAAAUAUCAGAUGGAGUUGACAUCGAUUGCAUAAACUUUUCCGAAACAGAUCUGGAUUCUCCAACUUAACAUUCACUUUAAAAACCUGAAAUACCAGGUUUAAAUCGAGUCUUCGAGAGAAAUGUCACAUCAAAUAUAAACGCACUUUUCUGAAGCGAGGGAGGAGAGUUUCCAUGUUGAGUUUUGUUUGUCGUUGAGGUACAGAUCAUCCAGGAGAGAAUUCAUUUGGAGAAGUAAAACAUAUGCAAGAACGAGACGUUCCCCCAAAUGUAACAACACAAAAUAAAAUCUUGAUAUGAAGAUUAAUCCCAGGAAUUUCUGUAAAGCCUGUGCACGAAUGCUUUUACUGUGGCUGUAUUGGACAGUGUUAGGGGUAGGAUUGAGUGCGUGAGCCUAGAAUGGACAUUAUUUAUUAUGCUAAAGGGUUUUUCUUCUUUUUAGGUAAUUUAAUUUCUGUUAGAGCACUGCAGAUUUCUCUGCUUGUUCACAACUGCAUAUUUGUAAUAUCACUUUAACUGAUAUUUAGGUUUUUUGGGAGUUAAGAGGCACUUAAAUGUUUUGUUUGAAUUAGAAUUACAUUUCAGCCAAUAUUUUGCCUUCCAUUGUUGUCCAGUUAUUUUUUAAAGAUUGAUUUAAAACUGAGCGCUGAACAGGAUUGAUCCGAUGGGGCCUGUUUUUAUCUCCAGGAUGCAGUGGCUUUUUGUUGCAUUAAUGCUACCCUGGGCAAGUGCCAACCCUUCUGGACCCUCCACAUAAACAAUUUUGCAAAAAAGGAGUACCUUUUCAUUUCACAAGCUAUCAGAAACAUUAGGAAGCUGAAAAAUCAUUGAAAGUACAGUUUUCUUCACAAAUAGAAUGAAGGUUUAAUGAAUCUCAAAUUGUUUUCUCAGAAAGCUUUGACCAGUCUGAGUGUUUUUCAAAUCCGGUCCAAGAUCUGCAAAUCAGUUACCAACUUCAGCGUCACUCGACAGUUGCGUACGACCAUAUUUUCUGGUAUUGCAUACAUAUUGCGGAACACUAGGUGGUGCCACUCUCCAAUGACUAGAUAAGCAAAUAAGCACAAGAAAAUUCAUUUUGGGGCGCAACUGGCAAAUACUUUUUUUUUUUGCUGAGUGCUUUUGGCAUCCCCAGGCCAUUCUACCCUGGGCGGAGAGCCGUGUCACCCUGAUUAAAAACCGCUAGUGCCACCAAGAACUAAUAUUUAAGCAGAUUAUAGCUUUGUUAUUAUCUGGGCAUUUCCAUCUUAAAAACAGGAAACUACCGUAUUCUUGGCUGGCAUAGUUAUCAAGAAAUUUUGAUACGACUCCACAGAAAGCAACAUAUUGUUGCAACCUCACGCCAACCAGAUACCAGUGCCAAUUUCGUUUGCCGUAAAACUGACUCAUAACACAGUUGUAUACCUCAUCUUCCAAACCCCGGUGCUCUAUCUGCUGUCCCUUAGUUUUAAAUCAAAGAUGGGUUAUGCAUAAGAAUGCUUGUUUAUUUUUGAUCUUUGUCUCUGCUGGCGAUGCUUCAAAAGAAGAUACAGCUUCUUUUAUCCCACUGUUGGUGAUUUUGUAAUUUUGAACAAAUAGCUGGUAACGCACAAAUAAACUAUCUUAGUCUGAAGGGAGCUGACUUACUGGAGGGCAUAGUGAAGGGUCAAAAACAAUUUCUGAAUGUCUUUAAGAAAUGGUCGUUUUUCACUGCUUUUUAAAAUGUGAUUAGCUCAAUACAGAAAGCUGCUUUUUUAAUGUGUGCAUUAGAUUUCAUGGAUGGUUUGAGUUGUUGCAAUGAUUUCUUGUGAUAAUAUUGUUAUUUUAAGUUGGCAGAUUCCAAAUACCUGGCCCUGGGGUACUCCAGGCUGUAAGAGAACGCUGUGAAUCACUCAAUAAUGAACUGUACACCCUCACAGGAGCUAAAUGCACUGUACAGGAGAUCUAUUUUUCUGAAUGUAGAGUUGGUUCGACCACACGAAUGCUGCUGGAUUAAAAACAAAAAUGACAAAAAAUAUAUAUAUAUAUUUACACCAACUUAAGUAUAAAUGGUGGAUAAUAUUUUUUUUCUGGUUCAGUAACAACAAAACAUGAAGACUUUUUUUCUCAUGGUUACAGAAAGAUUAUUAGAUUCCACUAGAAACACAUGAACAAAACAAGAUAAAUACUGACUGCAGCUGCAACUUUUUCCUGAAUAUGACUUGAAACACAUGCAGACUCAAACCCCAUACAGACGGAACCAACACCACAUGUACUAUGACCUACUGAACCCAGAUCUUUACAUAUCGCUCUGAAAUAACAAACCUGAUGGAAAACAAACUACCCUGUCUUGUGAAACCAACUUUAGUGACAAGCUCAUCCAAACUGCUGAAACAACACAAAAUACUGACAAGCUACAGAAAGGAAAAAACAAAAGUGCAUCUUUCAGUUCAAUAUCCUUGUCCAUAGCUUCGUUAAAAGUGAAAAUAUCAUUCAGAAUCAGCAUCUGGUGUCAUCUGUCCAUCUAAUCUAUCUGCAUGUGAUUUAUUUAGUUAUAAUCCUGAAUGUAACUGUUUAACAUGAAGAUAAUAAUAAAAAAAGAUAUGAUGCUAUUUUAAAGAGGUAUAUUUGAAAAAUGCUUAUUGUCUUAACUGGUACUGACAUGAACUACAGUUAUAUAAUCUUGGGCUGUGCUUUUAUUGUUUGCCCUAUAACAUGUUAAGAAGAUGCUGUAUUGGUAGUUCUGUUUGAUUCUCUUUCUCUCCUUUUUUUGCAUUGUAUUAAUCUUGAUUCUGUUUUUUCUUCCUCUGUGCAAUAUAAAAUAUGUCUCUGUCUCUUGAAAUCUGACUGGUAAAACUAGAACCACUGUAGAUCCAUUGUAAAAGGGAAACAGCCUGGUUAUUAUCAAUUAAACUACAUUGAAAUCUAA